CUGGAACUGAAAACUAGGAUGGGUGGGGAGAGAGAAAGAGAGAGAAAGAGGGAGUGAGAUCUGCCAGAGGACAAAAGGGAGUAGUCAGAGAUGUGUGUAUGAUGUCAGCAGCUUGUUGGAUUGAGGUGCUGUGCCCUGCUAAAUUUAAUCCAGGCUGAUUAGGAAGCAGCAGGCAGUCACCUGUGUGAAUGCAGAGAAGUAUCUUAAGGUAAACUAGUGUAGCCUGGCAAUGCUGCCCUAAUAAUAAAGAAUCCAACACCAGGAGACUCACAAGGAAAACAGCCAUAAUCUGUAAUUGAGUCUGAGUGGACAAGGGGAAAAAACAGUCAAAGUUCAGAGCAGGAAGAAACUUUGAAGGACCUUUUAAUAUCAUCUGAGGUGAGUCAAGGGCAUAUUGUCACCAUUUCAGCAUUUUUAAUCUGCAAUACAAAUCAUCUUAAACAAUCCUUUGGCAAGCACCUGGUCACAAUGUCCACAAAUGGAAUAAGUAUGGCUUUAAAGCUCCAGUUUGGACUUAUUAAUUACGAAAAUCGUUACCUCACCGCAGAGGCAUUUGGGUUCAAGGUAAAUGCAUCUGGAACCAGCAUGAAGAAGAAACAGAUCUGGACCCUGGAGCAAGACCAGGAUAGCCAGGUAGUUUUCUUGCGCAGUCAUCUCGGACGUUAUCUGGCCACAGAUAAAGAUGGCAAGAUGAGCUGUGAGGAGGAAGUGCCAAACGCAUCCUGCCGUUUUUUGCUUGUGACACAGUCAAAUGGACGCUGGGCCUUACAGUCAGAACCAUAUUUGCGCUAUUUUGGAGGCUCUGCAGAAUAUCUAUCCUGUUUUGCCCAGACCAUUGGAGGAUCUGAACUGUGGGCCAUGCAUCUUGCACUUCACCCACAGGCAAACCUGCUAAGUGUAUCCCGCAAGCGCUACGCACGCUUGUCCAUCACAGAUGACCAGCUCUGCAUGGACAGCAACAUCCCCUGGGGUGUGGACUCCCUGAUCACUUUGGUCUACCUGGAUGAGAAGUACAGUCUGAAGGCUUGUGACAAUCGUUUUCUCAGCAAUGAUGGUAAGCUGGUAAUGGAGCACAGACACAACACUAAUUUCACCCUGGAACUCAAGUCUGGCAAGCUGGCUUUUAAGGACUGUGAGGGCAAGUUUCUCUCACCAACGGGCCCCACAGGCACCCUGAAGUCUGGCCGCUGUUCAAGGACAUGGAAAGAUGAGCUGUUUGAUCUGGAAGAGAGCCACCCACAAGUUGUUUUCCUGGCAGCCAACAAAAGAUAUGUGUCUAUUCGUCAAGGUGUUAGCAUCUCAGCUAAUCAGGAUGAUGAGACAGACAUGGAGACAUUUCAGAUGGAGAUUGAUAAAGAGACUAAGAAGUGCAUGUUCAGAACCAAUGGUGGAAAUUACUGGACACUCGUUACCCAUGGAGGGAUUCUUUCCUCGGCCACAGAAGCAGAAGAAAACACCAUGUUUGACAUAGAGUGGCUUGGCCGACGAAUUGCUUUGAGAGCAAACAAUGGAAAAUAUGUCUGCACAAAGAAAAAUGGACAGCUUGCUGCUGUGAGUGAUUCUAUGGGGGAGGAUGAGCAGUUCAUGCUAAAGCUGAUUAAUCGUCCAAUCCUGGUCUUGCGUGGGGAGAACGGCUUUGUGUGUCACCACAAAACCUCCAAUACACUGGACUGCAGCCGCUCUGUUUAUGAUAUCUUCUCAUUGCUUUUCAGUGAUGGCGCAUACCAAAUAAAAAGUGGAAAUGAAAAGUUCUGGUAUGUCUCCAGCAGUGGUCUGGUGUGCACAGAUGGGGAUAAACCUGAGGAUUUUUUCUUUGAGUUUGUGGAGUAUGGACGGGUUGGCAUCAAGGGGCAAAAUGGCAAGUACCUGCGGGGAGACCAGGGAGGCACGCUGAUGGGUGACGGGCUCAGUGUGGAUGCCUCGUCCCUGUGGGAGCACUGAGUAUACCAGAGACACAGACUCAGAGUAACAAAAUGUAUCCUCCUGACACCUGUUCAGCCAUUGACUUUACAGCUUUAUGUUCUUCAUUGACUUUCUAUAUUUAUUUAUUUUUUGUUUUGUUUUUGUGAGCAUGAGAAAUAUUUGUUUUAUUUGCUUCUAAUAGUCAGAGGUCCCCCACUGCUUCAUAAGAUAUUUUAGAACCUGAUACUUUACUGUCAUUUUUCAAAUUAAUUUCAAUCAGGUUGGUUAUUGAUGCUGUCAAACUGCUCAGAUGAAAGCUGUAUUAUCUGAAGCAAAGUUCUUAGGGGGCUUUCACACUGGCAGUUUAGUGCGGAAUGGAGCACGGUUCGCAUGAAAAAUCGCUAAUGUGAACGCUGUCAUUGGACCCUGGUGAGCACUGGGGUACCGAACCUGAGACUACCUGGAGAAGGUGGUCUGAGUUCGGUUGCUCCCGAACUGUGGCGCGGUUCGCAUGAAUGUGCAAGCAACACGGACUCGGGUGCACACUUGUUCAGGAAGUAAAGUAUCCCAUGCAUGCGUAACACUGUCGUUAUCAUUGUUUCCU